UUUUAAGUGAUAGAAGCAGCCUCUUUGCUGAGCAGUAGAAACUGGUGGGUAGGGACUGAGAGGAACAGAAGCUGAAGGGAGAUAGAGAGCAGUCAUGCACAGAGAAAGAGUUAACAGUACAAGAGAGAGUUAACAGUACAUGCUUUAUUUUCUAGUUGGCUUGCAAGCAGCUCUGAGCCCUCCGCUUGCAACAUUGCUUGUAGUAGGAAAUUUUUGGAGCUGCUUGAGUGAAGGGCUCAAGCAUUUUUACAGGACUUAAUCCCAUCACAAGGACUAAACCAAAGGGAGCGGGCACUGGCAAGCAUUUCAAGUAUCUGUAAGAGUUUGGGGACUGGAGUUUCUUUUUGUUUUGUUUUUGUGUUUUCCUGCAAGGCAUUUUUUUCAGACAAAGGCAAAGCCUGUGAAUUUGUUUGACUGAAGCCUCAACCUGGGCCCCCCCCACCCUCUCCAUCACACUUAAUUAGCAGCUAUGCCACUGCUCUUAUCAGAUUCUAACAUGUCAGCUUCAACUUGGAAUUGAACAAAAAUAUUACUUUCCCUCGGUUCCGUUCUUAGAAUGGGAGUAGAUUGCCCUAGGGACCCUGUGGAAUAAGAACCCUGAACCUUCUGGGGGAGUUUGAAAAAAGCCAGCUCCAAUCCUGCAGGUACCUUUCAUCAUGACAAAGCUUUAAGAUCUCAGGAAUGAAUAGUUGAAUGUAGCAGGACUGAAAAACCAGCUGUGGUCCAAGAUACCAUUCAUCACCACAAGCAGAGUUGCUGCUUCUUCUCUGACAGCAAGAGGCUGCAGCCAAAGAAGAAGAAAAAUUUAGAAGCAGGUCUGAUCUCAAGUCUCCAGCCCAUUGCAACUGAUACAACUUGGUCGGGGAGCAAGAACCAGGGUCAAGCUGUACCAUGGAAGGUAGUGCUUUCCUUCCUUCCAACACCAGUUUACCCUAUUCCAAGAAUGAAAGCAGCAGCCAUGUGUUCAAGGACAACUACACUUUUUCAUCUUACUACCAACAUUCCUCCCCCAUCGCUGCUAUGUUCAUCCUAGCCUAUAUCUUCAUUUUCCUCAUGUGCAUGAUUGGCAACAUGCUGGUGUGCUUCAUUGUGCUGAAGAAUCGGCAGAUGCGAACCGUCACCAACAUGUUCAUCCUCAACUUGGCCAUCAGUGACCUGCUGGUGGGGAUCUUUUGUAUGCCAACCACCCUAGUGGACAACCUCAUCACAGGUUGGCCAUUUAACAACACCAUGUGUAAAAUGAGCGGACUGGUGCAAGGGAUGUCUGUUUCAGCUUCAGUUUUCACACUGGUGGCUAUUGCUGUGGAAAGGUUCCGAUGUAUCGUUUACCCCUUUAGACAGAAACUCACCCUGAGGAAAGCCCUGGUCACCAUUGUAAUCAUUUGGGUCUUGGCUUUAAUAAUCAUGUGUCCCUCAGCAGUCACCUUGACUGUCACCAAAGAGGAAUAUCACUUCAUGGUGGAUGCUUACAACAAUUCCUACCCACUCUAUUCCUGCUGGGAGGCAUGGCCUGACAAGGGGAUGCGAAAGAUCUAUACAACUGUACUCUUUUCUCACAUUUACCUGGCUCCACUCACCUUAAUUGUCAUCAUGUAUGCCCGGAUUGCUUUCAAACUUUUUAAGUCCUCUGCACCCAUCCGGGGCUCCCAAUCAGAGGAAAAUGAGGGGAGAAGAGUCUCCAAGAGGAAAGUCAAGGUAAUCAACAUGUUAAUCAUAGUGGCAUUGUUUUUUACCCUCUCCUGGUUGCCUCUGUGGACUUUAAUGCUGCUGACAGAUUAUGGAAACCUAACAGAGUACCAGCUCAACCUGAUUACAGUUUAUAUUUUCCCAUUUGCCCAUUGGCUGGCAUUCUUCAACAGCAGCAUCAACCCAAUCGUCUAUGGGUAUUUCAACGAGAACUUCCGAAGAGGGUUCCAGGAGGCUUUCAAGGUCCAACUCUGCUCCGUGGAAAGAGAACAUAAGGGCACCUAUUCUGAGAGGAACAAUAAUGGGUUCCUUUUUGGCAUACGCAAUCGAAUCUUUGUUGAAGUGCAAGGCAGUGAUUCAGUGCAACCAUCUGAGUCUGGACAAAGUAACCCCCCCAAAACUGGGUUAUUUCCAUUGAAGAAUGGGCGGGUUGCUCACCAUGGGCUGCUGGUUGAGGAUUUGGACAGUAAAGGUUCUUCUCACAACUGUGUCAGCAUCCCAGCUUGGGAUAUCUAAUACUGCAUACAGGAUACCAGUGUUUGAUAGAUCUUGCCCAGUAAUGACAUAGGUCUGUGAACUAUGAUGUUUGCAAUCAAAUAUUUCAUUUUGAGAGGAUGUUGGCACCAAGGGAAUCUUUUGUAGUGAUGGGCAUCUAGACAAAAAACUACAGGCAGUCCUCAGACUUAUGACACAAUUGGUUUCUGAAAACCAGUGUCUUAAGUCGAAACGUUGCAACUUGGAACCAAUUUUCUCAUAAGAAACAAUGUUAUAAAUGGGGGAUUGGUUCCUGAACCAAGGCCUGAUACCCUAUUUUCACAAAAAAUACCCCGGAAUUUUGUACUCGAUCAAUUAUAGAUGAGUAAUAUAGCUACAUGAAUGUAUUUAUAUUGUAAAUAGCAAUCAUAUUGAUUUGGAAGGACUUUUUUGAAGUGACUUUGUUGGACUUCCCGGAGGGCAGGGAACAACUACAAGCAGACCUGGGCAGGUUGGACAAAUGGUCAGAAAACAACAGAAUGCAAUUCAACAAGGAGAAAUGCAAAGUGCUGCACCUAGGGAGGAAAAAUGUCCAGCACACCUACUGCCUAGGAAAUUACCUGCUUGGUGGGACGGAAGCGGAAAGGGAUCUUGGAGUCCUAGUGGACUCCAAGAUGAACAUGAGUCCUCAGUGUGAUGAAGUCAUCAGGAAAGCUAAUGGCACUUUAUCGUGCAUCAGCAGAUGCAUGAUGAAGAGAUCCAAGGAGGUGAUACUUCCCCUCUAUCGGGUGCUGGUCAGACCGCAGUUGGAGUACUGCGUUCAGUUUUGGGCGCCACACAUCAGGAGAGAUGUGGAUAACCUGGAAAGGGUCCAGAGAAGGGCCACUCGUAUGGUUAAAGGGUUGCAGGCCAAGCCUAUGAGGCGAUACUAGGGCACCUGGACCUCUUCAGCCUCCGCAAGAGAAGGUUGAGAGGCAACCUUGUGGCUGCCUAUAAGUUCAUCAUGGGGGCACAGAAGGGAAUUGGUGAGGUUUUAUUUACCAAGGCGCCCCCAGGGGUUACAAGAAAUAAUGGCCACAAGCUAGCAGAGAGCAGAUUUAGACUAGACAUUAGGAAGAACUUCUUCACAGUUCGAGUGGCCAAAGUCUGGAACGGGCUCCCAAGGGAGGUGGUGCUCUCCCCUACCCUGGGGGUCUUCAAGAGGAGGUUAGAUAGGCAUCUAGCUGGGGUCAUCUAGACCCAGCACUCUUUCCUGCCUAUGCAGGGGGUCGGACUCGAUGAUCUAUUGAGGUCCCUUCCAACCCUAGCAUCUAUGAAUCUAUGACUUUUUGAAAGGCUCCUGGUUGGACUUUUUGAAGGGUUCUUGGCUGGAGUCUUCUCAGGAGUCUUGGCUGCAGGUUUUUCUGGAGUCUUGUCUGCUUUCUUAAAGAAAGUGUCUAAGGAAGUUUGGACAGAUGUUCUCCAGGGAGAUGAGUGAUGCAGCAAACUUGUUCGCUGCCAUGGUGUUGGAUCAGAUCAAGCAUUGCAAAGUCAAAACAAAUGUCAGAAAGUUGAAGCAGGGUGUCAAUUUAUAAACGUUGUAAGUGCGAAACAUUGUAAGUUGAAACGUUGCAAGUUGAGGACUGCCUAUAAUAAAUUUGGGGGAUAAGAUCACAACAGGUUUUGAUGGUAAUACAUAAUUAUAGUUACAAAACAAACCAGAACAAUUUAUGUUCAGAUUUCACAAUGUAUUACUUUCUUAUAACUUCAUGGAAUUUAAGAGUGGCCUGAGAAUGAAUUUGGGAUCUUGGCCCAUGAUCAGAAGGGACAUGCAUGUAGUGGUAGCUCAUACUACAGACAGAGAUGUGGAGGUGGAAGUACAGUAUCAGGGUACUAAUUAUUCCAGUCUGCUACCUUAUGUGGUGGAUUCAGAUUUGUUAGGCUACUCCACUUGGAAGAAAGAACAAAGACUCAGUAGUGGGAGAAAGAAAAAAAAAAUUAUCCAGGGAGCAGGGGAAUGACUGGGAAGAAUAAUCAGUGUAUAACAGGUAAUUGCAGAAUAACUCAUAUACCCCACCCAAUUCCUAGAACCUUAAUUCUUCAGCUCUAGGAAACUGAUCUUUGCCCCUUGAGCUCCAAGACUCUUCUUCAGCUGCUGGUAAUAAUCAGUACUUUUGCUUGCUACCCUCCUUUCCAACCAUCAAGACAAAUCUUGUUACAGAGUCAACUGAGGUUCAGUAGAGUUAAACCUCAACAGCACCCAAUGUGCAUUGACUUUGUAUUGCAUGUACACACACACACAUGUUGGUUAGUUUAUAAGGUGCAAAUCUACCCUAUUUUCUCUUUGUAUUGCAGAUAAGAGAAAAUGUUAAUAGACUUAUCUCACAUGUCUAAUCUGGAGAACUAAGUCAUGAUGUUGUAUGAUGUUAUGAGAUUACACUACCUCAUACUGACAGAAUGCAGAAAGAGGGAAGGAAUAGGAACAAGAUGAUAAAAGUAUUUGAAAAUUCAUGUCCCCAAGCAGGACAUCGCCCACCAAGUGACCUGUGCACAGGCCCAGUCCCUGGUGCUUCUCACACCUGUUUUUAUAUAAAUUGUCAUUGUGAUUUGAGUAGAAUGGAGAACCUCUGUUGAAAUGAAAAUGGAACAUCCAGAGCCUCUGCUCAGACCUCCUUCCUCUCAAACCUAUGAAAUAAGCUGUUUCAUUUAAGUAGAUGAAGACAAUUCAAGAGAUUUCAUGUGAGAUGUUCAAUGUAUUUCCUCUCCCAAACAGAGGGAUGUGGCAGUGGGGGAACUUCUUUCCCUCCAUGAGUAGAAAGUGGAAGAAGCAAAGACAUAUAUUGCCUCCUAGAAGAAACUGGAUCUGGGACUUGCUGCUGGGACACCUCUAGUACUACCAACUGCUGCCACUAUGCUACUCACUAGCAAGCGAAGUUGAGCACCUCAGAAACAGCAUAGGAGGGCACCACACACAUUUCUCAAACUGCUCCUCACUUCAUCAGCUGAUUAUGAUCUGUUGUCUCUUUUAUUAGCACAGGGGAAAGGAAGAGCUUUUCCUUUGAAUUUACCAGAGGAAGAGAAGCUGUGUAAGCACUUGUAACCCACACUUACAAGUCUGGGGGAUGGAAUGUGGCUUUAGAUGCUUACCCUCAAUAGCCAGUCCUGUGUGUUUCAUUGUUUAGUGAAAACUAGCUAGAAUAGUCUCUUGGUUAUUUAUAGUUAAUUUUAAGUUGUGAAUGACUUCAGUUUUCAUAAAAGCAGUUGGCUUGUGAUACUGGCCUGGGCCAGGAAGAGUACAAGCAUGUGUAUGUUCGCUCUUCGUUCUCAUUUUUGUUCUCACCCGUGACACUGUGAUUCCAGUCCUGAUGUUGGCAGAGACUGCCAGCUGUGAUUUGUACCUGAGCAUAUUGUGGUCCUGUGAUAUACAUAGAGAAAUCUAAGAGGCCUGACAAAUUCAUUUUCACUUCUAAAAUCUGAACCUAAAUCUGUAAAGGUGAAAGGGCAGUUCAGUUAAUUUACUUGGCUAUGCACAUUGCUUCUCUAAUAAAAAUCCUAUUUUUACAUAAUAUUAACUCCAAGACUGCAUGUUCACCAUAAAAACCCCCCAAAACCAAACACUGUAAACUAUUGCUGAGUAGCGUCUUGAACUGUGACAUCCAGUUGUAUAUGACCUAGCUCAGGACAUGAGGAAAUGAAUAAUAGGUAAAAAUCUGUAAAAUUAUAGGGCACCUAUACACAUGCUAUGGGGUGGGGUGAGCUUUUUAAUUUGAGUGUCAAUCAAGAGCUGCUCUAAUUAAAGUGCCAGCAGCAUCUCAUGUGUUCAGUAUCCCACAUUUCAAAAUGGCAGCAGGGGCACUUUAACUAAAGUUUGUUCAGCGAGCUUUAGUUAAAGCAUCCCACCACUAUUCUGAAAUGCAGGUACACUGAAUACAUGAGACACUGCAGCACACUGGAGCAUUGAGUCUGCUUCAAUGUGUUCUAAUCAGAAUGCAUCAAAGCAUGUGUAAAAGUGCUCUAUAGUGUUUUAUAGCUGAUACAUUGGAACUGCUUUUCCUGUCCACUCUGAAUGGAGGCUGAAAAGCUGUAACUUUAAAUCUGUUUCAUUCAGGUUAAAAGUACAAGGUUUAGCUCCACAGGAGCAGACAGACAAAACAGUUAUAUCAGUUCAGCUGAUACAAGCUCCCAAGUGGUAAGUCCUUCCCAUCCUUUUAAAAUGGCUUAUUAUCAUCUCUCUCCACAGCCUUAUUGCAUUCUUGCCUUACACUGUUAAUAUGCAUCUCAUAUGCAACUCCAUAAUAAUACUUAGCACUUUUUAUUUGUAAGUGGUUCUACAGCCACCAAAUGAUCCUCCCAAGUCCACUGUGAAACGUAGAAUCUCCUUUUCAGUGAUUGUAAAACAAAGGAGCAAGUGCUCAAGUUCAUAGGGAGGUCAGUGGAAAGCUGCUAUUGGAAAUCAGUAAGUCCAAGCCUGUGUACAGGUCAUACUUUUCUAUCAAAGUUGUCAGUUUUUUCAAAGUAACAUCACUAGUCAAAACCAUGCACCUUUUCUGUGCAUACAAUAAGGUACAAGGAUCUGUUCCUGAAUAAACCUAUGAUAGUCACGUUUUUAAGAAUACUGAAUUGUGAGUGCCUAUACUUAUACCUGAUUUUCUGGGGGUGCUGAAAUUUAUAGCUCCCUUUGACUUCAAGUAGAGCACUGGGGCUCCACUCUUCUGAGAAAUUACUUUGGUCUCAAACACACCAGAAGUGAGGCACUUAAAAUUAGAGGCUAUUUUUAAAAGUAUUAGUCCAGUGCUUCUACUGUCCUCCCCAAAAAUCUUUUUCUAAUGGUUCUUUAACCUGUUUGGUCACCUACAAAAGUUUAUCAGGUUAAGGAUGGGAUUUUCAAAAGUAUUAGCAUUACUCUAGCCUUGUUCCCUUUUGAAGUCAAUGAGUGUUGUCAUUCACUUCAAUGGGAGUAAUGUUUAGCCAGUGCCCUAACACGGGGUAGCCAACCUACAGCAAGUGUGCCACAAGUGGCACAGGCUUUGUGGGUCCUGCCAUAUUAGGGAGGCGGCAGGAAGCGGAGCAGCACAUUGGACAGGGGAAGGAGAUUGCACUGGCACUUGGGAAGGGCGCAGAGCUUUAUUUGUGGCACCUCUGCCAAAAAGGAUGGUUCCUGCUGCCCUAAGACAUCAGCUAUACCUGUUGUUUUAUUAAUGCCAGUUGGACAAGUAUCACACAUGGCUUGAAAAAUAAAGGUUUAUUUGACAUGACUCCAGGACUGGAGUUUGGAGCCAAUGACAUUCCAGCCUGGGUUGGGAAUGGGCACAGUUAAAUGAGGCAAGUACAACACAGGGCCUGGCACAGCUGCUCAUCAUUUAACUGUAUCACUUCAAUGUGACAUCACAAGCACUGGAUGUGCGACUAUAAAUUCACCUUUCCUAGGCACGCAAUGGGGCUGGGAUACAUUUUAACUCUCCUGCAGCAAGAUGAACUUUGGUAGCUUAUUAGUCUAAUAUUGCAGAGAUACCAAACUAAGACUUGAUCCCAGUAGGGUGGAAAGCUGGUAUGUCCCUCACAGGGCCCUGAAUAAUCUCAGCAUGUUCUUGCUUCAUGCUAGAGGCAAUCUGCCAACAGGUCCCACCCUUUACCUAAUAACUAGCGAGAUAACCUUCAGAGUGGGGGAAUGCUGUUCCUAAAUUAGCUGGAAGAAAGAAGCAGAAGGUGCUCCUUCCUUCCAGGACGGGCCAGCGGGAGUAUUUGUGUAGCACCUUAGCUUCUGCCAGCUCAGGCUAAAAGGGAAAAUGGACCCUGAGUGCCCUUCAUGGCAUGAUGUUCACCACCUCCCUGGCUUUAGCAACACUGUGAGUAAGGCUGUGCUUGGUGUGUAGUGAAUUCUUCUAUUACUGUACCAAACCCUUUCCUGACAUCAACAGAUCACUGGCACUGAGUAAUAAACCGCCCACCCUGCUAACCA